AUGGUAAAAAAUUUACCACUAUCAGUACGAGAACAAUGCAUAGAAAGCCAGAUGGUUAUGCGCGACUGUAAGGAAAAAAAAUAUGGGGAAAACUGUACCGAAUUGAUAAAACAAUGCGUGACCAUAACUGGAGCACCUCCUGUUACUAUUGGCGGAAGUGGACAGUAUCGAAUGGCUAGUUCUUUACGCGACUGUAUCAAAGAGGGAGGCUAUAUGGGAUACUGCAAAACGUUCACUACUGACGAGAAUUGCAUCAAAUGGAAGGACGAAUGCGCUCCCAGCGAAGCAGCUGAGAAAACAGAUGAAAACUCCCUCGAAGUUUUCCCAGAAACUUUUUCGCAAUGUUUCAAGUCACGAAAUGGGAAGAGUAGGGCUCAAAUAUUGCCGUUCCGACCGUUAUUUAUGGAAACAUUCAUCACUCUGAAAUUUUGUGCGCUUUUGGAACAACACCGUAAAAUGAAAGAGAACAGCGGAAUUCGUGAGAGUCGUCAUAACACAAAAGUCGUGAUGCAGCAAUGUAUGAGCAAGGGCGAGGAGGAAUGCUCGAAGAUACAAAAAGAAUGCGUUGAUGCAUUUGGGACACCUCCUGUCACCUAUGCCGCGAAUGGUGGAUAUCAGAUGGCCGCUCCUCUCCAUCGUUGCAUUGAAAACGGAGGAUGGAUGAAGAUGUGCAGCACUUGGAUUAACGCGACUAUUUGCGAAAGAUGGAAGCAGGAAUGCUCAGGAGACAAGGACGCUGAACUACCCCCAAAUUUCUCCCAAUGCAUUCAAACACGUAAGUAUUCUUGGACCGGAUAUAUUUUAGAAAUCUGA